AUGAAGCUUACCACCUACUCGCUUAUUUUCCUCUCUGUGGCCUCCUACGCUAUCGCAGAAGGGAACGCAGCCGCAAUCACGCUCUAUGAAAAAUAUCACAAACACGGCGGCGAACACGGCAGCGACGGCAAUGAAUACCUCUCAGGGAAAAUCAUAACCAUCAAUGUGAACAAAGCGGUCCCCUGGACCAACCUACCGAAGACGGCGGCGCCGGCGGGGUACAUCCUUGAAAAAGAGGCUGACCCCCAGUACAUCGUCACGUUCGCUCCAGUUACAGUGAAAGAGCUGAAGAAGGGCUACAUACUCAACCAAGAGACCGGGGCCAAAGUGGUCAAGACGUAUGAAGACGCGGGUUGGGACCUUUUCAGCGACGGGGCCAAGUCGUACAGGACUGUGAACCUGAAGCCGGUGGAGGGCCAUUGGCCGACCGUCCGAGGAAACGAACAGCCGCCAGCCACUCCCGCCCAGGAGCUCUUCCUGUUGGACAUGCCGGUCGAGAUUCAGCUGCUCAUCGCCGAAUGCUGUCACCGUACAAAGCGUGAGGAGGCCAGGGACCUGCGUUUGCCGGGCGAAAACAAGCAGAAGGCCAUAGGCGGUGGCCUGGACCGCCUGUCGCGCGUGAACAAGACUCUCCGCCGCCGCGUAAUGCCGCUUAUGUUCGCCCACCUACGCAUUAGCUGUGACGAGGCUCUCCUGCAUACCGAGCUGGCUGAGCUCCUUGCGAGUGACAACGGUAUCUUGGAAGCCGCGCGGACCCGUUGCAUCUACACCUUGGGGCCGCACGUGACCUUUGGGCAUAGGCACAACCGAAUACGCCAGCCCUGGGGGAAAUGCGACGCCAGUGCUCCGGAGCUGCUGGGUCAUGUCCUCAAAGCCGUGUCGGGCCUGCACGAAGUCGCGCUCCAGCUGAAAUAUGGCAGUCAUACCAUCAUGCCCGCCUUCCGCAAGCACGCAAGGGAGUCGGGCUUGAUCCUGCCCAAUAUCAAAGGCUUGCAAUUCGGGACCGAUGUCGAUCACCAGUUCAACCACUCCUUCAUGGCCGAGGUGUGCCCAAACCUAGAACGCGCCAGAUUCCAUGUCAGGAACUCACCUGCUCAAACGCUGGGGUUGAGUGUGUUUGGACGUGUAGAAUCCCUGCGCGAAGUUCAGCUGCACAUGUCGUCCACGGACACACGCUCGCGUGGAUGGAAUGCGGACACGGUUCAACAGAUCGUCACCAUGUUCCCCAACGUCCGCCGCAUCUUCAUGACAGGGCUUCUAGAUUAUGCAGUACCUCGCCCGCUUGCAAAUCUCGCUCCUGUCUUGUCUCAGUUUACUAACCUGGAGGUCCUUGUGGUCCCCCGAGGGCCACAGGACCCAGAUGAUGAGCCCUACGCAGAAGAUCCCAACGAGGUUUCUCGCGUCUUCUUCAAGCUGUGUCCUAGGCUCGAAGAGUUCUACAUAGAGCAUCGGCUCUUUGGCAACGAGGUACUCGGCGUACCCCAAGGGUUCCGGGUCGUCGACGGCGCAGGGUCGUUUGAGACUUUCGAAAUCCCCGACGACCCGCAGGGAGCCUUUGAGCCCAACCCACGCUAUAACUCCCUACGGUUUCCGCGAUUCAUGCAAGUUUCCGCCCGGCCUGGCGACAAGCAUACCGAUCCGGAGCCUGCGAAGAAGCCUGUGGAUUCAGAUACAGAGAUGUCUGACUGA